AUGAACGCUGUCGAUGGUUCUGACCAUUUCGGCAGAGCCUCCCAUGACCAAGCCCCGUCCCUACUCACCAUCAUCCUCGACACCAACCCAGCAGCCUGGUCUCUCCUCUCUUCCACUCUCCCAUUCUCCUCCGCCAUCGCCAACAUCCUGGUCUUCAUCAACGCCCACCUGGCAGGAAAUUACACCAAUAAAGUCGCCGUGAUCGCCUCCCACUGCGACAGAGCGACAUGGCUCUACCCUACGCCGACCGAACAGAAACCACCUCCACCUCGCUCAUCUUCUUCUUCCGCAGACCCCAACAACCGCACCGCCGACGGUGCUAGCGGUGUGCGUCACGACUUAUCCGAAUCCACGAAACGACUGAAACUCAACCCCCACGACGCAAACAACGACCAUGACUCUUCCAAGACGCCGCUCAACCUCGACUCUUCAUCCCCCUCAUCUCUCGAAACAGGCAACAAGUACCGCCCCUUCCGCCUCGUCGAGGAGGAAGUCCUGCAGAACCUGACCGCCCUCCUCUCCAGCACCACGCCCGACGCCGUUUCGCGAAGUCCGACCACGAUGAUCGCAGGAGCAUUGACUUUAGCACUGAGCUACAUCAACCGCGAAUCCAUCGCGUACGCCGAAUCGCUGAUCGGCAUGACCGCCGCGGUCGCGGAAACUUCCACCACCGGCGCAACGGGUGGUGGAGGAGGUGGUGUUUCAUCGUCGACGACGACCACAGGGGACGCGAGUACCAAUUCAUCCCUGCAGUCGCGGAUACUGUUGGUCUCGGUGUCGCCCUCGACGGAUCUGGCGCACCAGUACAUUCCCAUCAUGAAUGCCAUUUUCGCCUGUCAGAGAUUGGCUAUUCCAAUUGAUAUUAUGCAGUUACCUCUUCCGACGCAACAGGGGCAGCAACCACAGCCACCAAAACAACCUACCAAUAACAACACCUCGACAACGAACACUACGACAUCCAAUUCACAAUCUACAUCGUCGUCGUCGUCAUCGAAUUCAACAGUCUUUCUUCAACAAGCAGCCGACGCCACACACGGGAUCUUCAUCGCUGUACAACUCCCGUCCCCAUCCCCGUCUCUCUCUGGCUCUACGUCAACAUCAGAUACUCCAUCAACGUCUCCCUCUUCGACAACAACGACAAAGGCAUCACAGGCCUUUCUGUCCUAUCUUCUCGCCUCCUUGCUCCCGUCUCCCUCCACCCGGGCCGCGCAUCUGAUCCUGCCCACCCGCAUCGACGUCGACUUCCGCGCCGCCUGCUUCUGCCACCGCAACGUCGUGAGCAUCGGCUUCGUGUGCAGCAUCUGUCUGAGUAUCUUCUGCUCCGUGCCCGACAAUGGCGAUUGCCUGACGUGCGGCACACACUUGUCGCUGGGCCGCUACGGCGCCAGACCGGUUGUGGUGGCCAAGAAAUCCAAAAAGAAACAGCACUCGGCUGCUGCAAAGUGA